UCAGGUGUCAAUUUUUCAUACAGCAUUUCUCAUUUAUAUUGAUUAAAUUCGAAUAUAUCUAUACAUUAAACUAUAAUAAAAUGCCUAUUUUAUUAAAAGCUUCAAAACCGCUAUCAGAUGAAUGGUCAAUUAUAGAACUUCAAGGAGAUUUAAAAUCACAUUCGGAAUCAAAUUUUGAGGGGCAGUUUAUUGGCGACUUACAAUAUACAAAAACUGGAAUUCCAAUAUUGAUUAUUGGACAUCAUUUGAUUUAUGGAAAAGAAACAAAAAUAGAAAAACCUUUUGCGUUAAUAGAAAAACAAGAAGUAGAUGGAAAGAUUGAGUUUGUAGUGAAAGCCAUUAUAAAGAAUAAAAUUAUUUUUAAAACCAGACCUAAACCUAUCGUUGCGAAAACGGAUUAACACACACUGUUUUAGAAAUAUUUUUUUUAUUUUUAUACAGAAAUUUUAUAAUAAAAAAAUAAAACAUUUUCAUCCUA